AUGAUUCAACGAAAAAAUGAUGAGAAAAAAAUAAAAAUUUUAGAUACCUUUUGUGUGUCAAGUGAUGUUCAUUUGAAGUCGAUUCUCGAACACAAUAAUAUAAAGGUUGAGAGUUAUAAAAGAAACAUUAAUAUGGAAGAUGUAACCGAUCUAAGGAGCCUCGAUUCUUUACUUUUAAAUAAUUUUUAUUUGUUAUAUGUAUAUUUAAAAGACAUAUGCUAUAUUUUCUUUCAUUAUGUUUUAUCAUUGAAAAGAAAGGGUGAGGAGGAUGAUCGUUAUUGUCUCUUUGAAUAUGAAAAAUAUGUGGAUACAUUAAUAAAAAAUGAAAAGGUAAAAAAUAAUUUUUUAUAUAACACUAGAAUAGAUAAUAUGGAUUUUUUUUUAAAAGGUUUAAGAAGAUAUCUUAAUGAUAUAAAUGACAAUAGAACGGAUGAGAAGAAUAUUUCUCAUUGUAGUAAGAUAUUAGAGGAUAUUCAUAAUAAUAAAAAGAAGGAAUGUUAUAUUCCAGAAGAUAUUUAUAAUAAUUUUAUUGACAAAAGAAAGGAAGAAGAUUAUUAUAAAUUAAAUAAUUCAAAUGAAGAAGAAAAAAAUAAGAAAAAUUAUUGUGUUAACAAUAAAAUGCAAAAUAUGGAAUAUAUAAAAGAAGAUAUAUUUGAAAAUAUAAAUUAUACUAAUGAUUUUCUUUUAUAUAUAUAUAAAGAAAAGGAAAAAAUAGAAAUGUAUAAUAUAGAUAAGGAUAUAAAUGACAGAAUUAAAAAAGAUAAUAUAUUCGAUAAACUAAUACAAAUAAAUAAUAAUUUGUCCAUAUAUAAAUUAUCAUAUAUAUAUUUUAAUGAUAAAUUAAAAAGAAUAAGAUUAGACACCUUCUUUCAUUUAAUCAUAGAAAAAAAAAAAAAAAAUUUUGAUAUACAGAAAAGUCUAAAAAAUGACAACAUGAAUAUAAAUUAUAGACUACGAAAAAAUGAAGAAAAUAUAAAAAAUAAAGAACAAAUUAUUAAUAUGAAUGAGCAAUUAUUUUUAUUAUAUGUAUCUCAUUUUAAAUAUUAUAUUUUUUCUUUCUUCUUAUAUUCUUAUGUAAAAUAUAUUAACCCAUCCCAUUAUAAUAAUAAUAAUAAUAAUAAUGUAAAAGAAAAUAAUAAAAAGGGGAAUCAAGUGAAUAAUAUUUAUAAAAAUUAUAAAAAAAUGUCAAGUAUGCAAGAAGACAAAUCCUUAUUUCUUUAUAAUGAUGAUGAUAACUUAAAAAAUUUAGAAAGCGUAACUAGUUACAUCUUAUGUUUUAUUAAUGAUAUAUUAUAUAAAAUAAAUAUUAUCUUAUCACAAGAUAAAUGGGAUAAAAAAAAUAUAUAUGAGACUAUAAAUCAUAUAUUAAAAAAUAAACUAUCUUUUAAAUAUAUUAAUGUUGAGAAUCUAGACUUGUUAAUUUCAUGUAUCUUAUUAUUAAACAUAUAUAAACAGGAUACAUUUCAAACGUAUUACAACUUUAAUAAUAUAUAUUCGGAUUUUUUUUCGGUAUUUAAAAAAUAUAAUGUCUCAUUGCAACUAUCUAAAAAAUUGAAGUGCAAGAACUACUUUUCUUUUUUUGAGGGCCUUGAAAAGCUGAAUAUAUUAGAAAAGUGUGCUGUUUUUAUACACCUAAAAUAUAUAAGAAUAGAAUAUAUUUAUAGUAUUUUAUACUCAGCUAACAACCGAAAUAAAUUUAGCGUGAAUAUAAAAUUAAUAGAUGAAUGUUUAAAAAUAUAUAAUUUACAAAGAACCAAAUAUUUCUUACAAUGUUUACAAAUAAUAAUAGAUAAUGAAAAAAUCUUUUUUAAUAUGUGUAAUAAAGUUUAUACACAAAAAGAAGACAGAUGUUUUCUCUUAGAUAAUAAAGAAAAAUGUAUGCAACACUUUUUUAAUGUAUAUGAGGAUACCAUAUAUGAUUAUAUAUAUAUUUUUUUUCAAGAAAAAAAUUAUAAUAUAAAAAAAUGUUAUAAAAAAUAUGAUAUACCUAAUAUGAUAUUUUUUUUUUAA